AAUAAGUACGCCUACACGUAUGUGGUAAUUAUACCGACUGGCGACUACUUCAUGUAGGUAGAUUCGGCGGCGCUGGCUGUAGGUAAAAGUCUUAAAUAUUGCCUCACACAAUCAAAUUAAGUGACAGAAAUAAAAGGAGAGGCAUGUGAGCAAGAUAAACAGCAAGAUGAAUGCUCGGGAAAGCGAGUGGCAGCGAAGACGGCGACAUGCUCGUGCUGCUCAUCCCAUGAUGACAGAGCGCGAUUUUCAUGAUAAUACUAGGUUGCCUGAUGGCAUCUGGUGGUACGUGGAAGAACUGAAGCAAAGGGGAAAUGCCAUCAUCCAUCACAAUCCGAGAGAGGCUGUCGGUCUGUACACCAAAGCCAUGGAGAUUGAUGAGAAUCCAGAGCAUCCGUUUGAUCUACUGACGCCGCGAGAGAAGGCGAUGUUGCGCAGCAAUCGCUGCACGGCGCUGAUGAGACUCCAACAGCUUGGCCCUGCCUUUGAAGAUGCAAUAGAGUGCAUUAAAAUAGAUCCUACAUUUCAAAGGGGUUACUGGCGUGCUGCUACUGUCAUGAAGCAGAUGGGCAAGGAGGAUGAAGCAUUGGAGGCCCUCAUCGAUGGCUAUCCCAAGAUUCUAGGUGACAGCAAGAAGGCUGUUGACUUCCGCUUCAACUUUGUCUAUGAGAUCACAAUUCUAACUGUUCAACUGUGGGAUAAGUGGAAGAAAUCACAGUUCCUCUUCAGACUUCUUGACGUCUCUACAUCCGUGUGGACUGAAGUUGUGCAACGCCUGGCCAAGAACAAGCAGUAUCAGGGUCUGCAUCUGGUGUUCCUCCGUGGUGGUACUCAGUCGGGCAAGGGGUUCGAGAUUGGGCAAGGUGGUGCAGCCAAGGGCUGUGACACAUCUGGUAUCAACCUCCGACCCUUAGUCCGUGACCUGUCCAGCAGGGAAUAUGACAGUUGGAGCAUGCAGUUGGUAGUGGAGCUGCUCAAACACGGCUCCAAGGUGGAAGGGCUUAGCCAGAAGGAAGGGGACACCCCCUUGCACUGUGCUGUGGAGAAUGCCAUGAGAACUGGAUGGGUGGGCCUGUUGGAGUACCUCUUCAGUCACCUUUACACAACGAGCGAAUGGAGGAACCUGCCAGACAGAUUUGGGGAUUCGCUCUUCCACCUGGUUGCCAAGAAAUCCGGCCCCGCUGCCCACGCCAAAUCGGUCGUGGACGUCCUGCAGAAGUACUGGGUUGACCCGACCAGAAAGGACCGGCGGGGAUGUCGACCGGUUGAGGUGGUACCACUAACCAAUCAGCACGAGACUGAGAUUCGAGGCUUGCUGAGCGCAGUAGCCCUGGCUUGGGAACAACAUGUUAAAGUACAGCAGAAGCAGCAGCAGCAACAACAACAGUUCCAGCAACAGUCAAGGAAUAUACCGAGACAACCUUUUCCUGGUCCUCACUUUGCAUCUGGUAACCAGACUCAGGCGCAAUACUUCCCAACAAGACCUCAGACCAGGCCCCAGCCUCAGCCCCAACCCCGGGCCCAGUUCUUUGAUCCAAGAAGAAUAUUCAGCGCCCCGCCAAGGCCAAGUGUCCCGCCUCCACCCUUUGAUCACUCCAAACUAUUCGGUGGUCCUCAGAAACCAACUUGGCAACAGGAAGAGAUGAUGAGGAAAAAGCAGAUGGAGGAGCGGCAGUGGCAGGAACAGCAAAUGCUAGAAAAACAGAGGGAAGAGCGACGAAAGCAGGAACGGCGCCGGCAAGAGGAAGAGCAGAGAAGACGGGAGGAGCAGAGAAAAUGGGAGGAAGAUCAGCGCAAGACGGAAGCAGAGGAGCGGGCAAGGAGGCAGCAACAGCAAAUGGCAGAGGCCGCACGGAAGAAGAAAGAGGAGGAACGCAGGAGGCAGGAAGAGAAGAUACAAAAGGAAAAAGAACGAAAGGAACGGCUACACUUACAGCGGGAAGAAAAGAAGAGGAAAGAAAACCAGAAGAGGAAGGGAAGGAGAGAGAUGCAGAAAAAAAAGGAGGCAGAAGCCAAGCUUAACACUUACCAGAAAGGCUUGCGCCUGCAGGGGCAGGGCAAGCAUGACCAGGCCGUUUGUCUCUUCUUGGAGUUCAUCGGCAAGGAGUAUGAGAACACAGUGAUUUACCGCGAAGUCCAGCGCUGCCUGAUGGUUUUGCAGGAAUCACUGGAACAUUGCAAAGAGAUCCCAGACACAGUCAAGUGUGGGGCCCCGCCCACCUUCUGGAACACCACGGUGCAAGAACUGGCCAACCAGAGCAAGUGGUGGAGCCUGUUCCUGCUGCUGGUCGGAGGGAGUUUCAGCACCAACCGGAACGGCAAUGGCGUGGCCCACGGCUGUGAUGCCUCUGGGGUGUCCAUUGUGACAUUCUUGGACCAGUGGGAGAGUAUCAAAAUGGCCCCAGGACGUCUAGCCAUGGUGGAAGCCUUGCUAGAAAAUAAGGCCAAACCGGACGGCCUGCUGAAUGACUCCGUGACCCCAUUAGUCCACUGUCUGCAGACGGAGAACUACGAGCUGGCCACUCUGCUCCUGAGGUAUGGCGCUUCGCCCGCACUCCUAAUCAUUGACCCGGGAGACACUCCACUGCACUCUGCGCUCAAGAUUGGCUUUAAACAGGACGAUCGUAAAUUUGCCGUGCUGGAGCUUCUCCUGACGAGAUACUCCGCGGACCCCACCGGCACCACCUACCUGGACAAGAACGCCCGAGACUGGGCGGGGAACACGCUGUUCCACCUGGCCCUCACGGGGGGCUCCAAGAACCAAUCACUUAAUGCCAUCAAGGUCCUGAGCCAGUACAAGGUCAACCCCUGGCUGCGGGACCAUGGAGGCCGGGUACCACUCAUGAUGGUGACCAACAAAGACCGGCGCUACAUGUUCCUGGCCGAGGCAGCCAAGUACUACGACAGUGCCAGUGAACCCGCACAGAGUUCAUCCAGAGGGCCUAACCAGAGCAGUUCUGGUGAUGUCAAUGUUUCUGGCGUUCCAGAGGAUUGGUCGAAGGCAGACAGGGCACCGGAACAGGAGGACCACCACCAGCAAGAGACAGCUCAAUCACACGAGCACGUGCCCCGCAAGGAGAAGCUGCGUCGCGAAGUAGAGCUGCUACUGAGUGCCAUGCCAAUAUAUGUCCCGCAGCAAACUGGACUGGACCAAGCAGGAACCACUGUGACAGUGACCUCGUCACUGUCGAGAAGCGGCCCGCGACAAGUUGAGAACGGGGCAGAGGUAGCGAAGGAAGAAGUAUUGAGACAGGAUGUUGAAGUUGAAGAAGAAGAGAUGGAUGAAGACGACGAAGAGGUAGAUGAUGAUGAUGACGAUGAUAGGGCCAUUGAUGUAAAAAUCUUUGAUGAUUUAACCUGGGAGGUAGAGUGCACUGCUAAGGUCUGGAAGUUCCUGCGUGACAAGCUGGUCCUCCACAGCCUGAAGGAGACGGCCAUCCGCAAGAUUCAGAUGCUGGGAAGCGGUGACUGGCGAGUCCGUCUCUGCAAACCCCUCGAGGGCCUGCCCAAGCAACACGACAUGAAGCUGUACGAAGCCCGGCUGACUAAAGGCAGCCGCAUUCUGUGGGAGUUGGCGAUAGCGUUCUCGCCUCGCUGCAGCGAGGAGUCCGAAAAGAGACUUGACUCGGGCGAUGGUGCUUUGGCGCCUACAGCAGUGGCUGGAGGACGAGUGUACUCAGAGAUAAUCCGCAUUUGGGACAUCGUACUCGACCACCCUAAGGUUGCACAUGCAAUCAAGGUGAUUGUCAAGUCGUUGGAGCGAGGAGAAGAAUGCCUCAUCCCUAAGAAACUGAUAGGGAUCAGCAACAAAUCAUCCACGGGAGGCACAGCAGCGCUUCGCCUGCCGACCUACUUCCAGGAGGUCACAGGAAGCUCACCCGAUCGCCGCACCAAGGCCCUAGACGACUCCAAGAAGAUCCCGAGACCCUUCUUCCCCCCGGCGAGCUCCAGGGAGAACGAGUACCACAUCAUGAAGUUCUACUCCGUCAACUCCACGCUGGUCUACGCCAUGCUCAACGACAGCAACGUCAAGGUGGAUUUCCCGUUCCGUGUGACGGAGCUGGAGCACGCCAUCAUCAACCUGCAGCCCAGGCCCCCGUCCUCCAUCCUGCUGCUGGGCAGAAGCGGAACAGGCAAGACCACAUGCUGUUUGUACCGCAUGUGGACCAAAUUCUUCAAAUAUUGGCAACAGGUUUCCAUGACGGGCGAGCCCUUGAUUCCCAGAGAUAUUGCCUUCAUUCACCAGGACAAGCUAGAUGAAGAAGAAAAUGGAAGUGACACAGAUAGUGACAGCGCCAGCGCAUCCAACAACAAACCCAGGCAGGCCUACCGCCGCGGCUCAGAUACCCAAGGUGGUUCCUAUGACUCGCAGAGUGCCGAUGCCUACUGCUCGGGGUCGGUCAGCAGGACGGGUUGUCAUGGUGACGCAGACGAGAGCGGCGAAGCCUCGACGAUCAUGGACCACCUGCACCAGAUCUUUGUGACCAAGAAUGCUGUGCUUUGCAGUGAGGUCCAGCGCAACUUCUGCGACAUGAGCCACGCUUGCGAGUUUGCCGGCGAGCCCUUGGCCCAGCAGGACACGCCCAUCCCUCACCGGUUCCAGGACGCACACCCGGCCCGAUUCCCGUUGUUUCUUAGCUCACGUCAGCUGCUUCUGAUCCUCGACGCCUCCUUGCCCAAUUCUUACUUCCCUCGCGCGGCUGACGGAUCGAUGAAACGUAAAAUACGUGGAUGGAACGAAGAGGAUGGACCUUUGACUUUUAUCCCACUGAUGGAUGAUGAGGAUGAGGAGGACGAAGACCACGCCCAAGCUGCUCCUGGCGAAGACAUGAUGCAAGACGGUGAGGCCAAUCCCAACGCACCGCGCGGCCUGGGCGGACAGCACGAGGCUCAGGGAGGCGGGGGACAGGCCGCCAAGUAUGACCCACGACGCGAGGUCACCUAUGAGGUCUUCGCCUACGAGCUGUGGCCCCGCAUUAACAAGAAGAAGCUGCCAUAUCACUCUACGCUGGUGUGGAUGGAGAUCAGGUCCUUCAUUAAGGGGUCAGUUGAAGCACUCCACACAGAGUCAGGCUACUUGUCACUGGAGAGCUACUUGGCACUCGGCAAAAAGAGGGCCUCCAACUUCACUGCUGACAGAGAAGAGAUCUACAGUCUCUUCAAGACUUACGAGCACAUGAAGAGUCAGAAGAACCUCUUUGAUGAGGGGGAUCUGGUGUUCCACGUCUACCGCCGGCUGCGGGACAUCAAGUCACUGGAGUGGGUCCUACACGAGAUCUAUGUGGACGAGACGCAGGACUUCACUCAGGCCGAGCUGUCACUCUUCAUUCGCUGCUCACAUGAUCCAAACUCGCUCUUUUUGACUGGAGACACUGCACAGAGCAUCAUGCGUGGCGUUGCGUUCCGCUUUGACGACCUGAAGUCCCUCUUCCACUAUGCCAGCAAGUCUGUCAAGGCCCUUGGCAAGCACUCAGCCGUAGCUGUACCCAAGAGAGUCUACCAACUCACGCACAACUACCGAUCACAUGCCGGGAUUCUGAACCUGGCCUCCACUAUCGUGGAUCUGAUGACCCAUUUCUUCCCCAACUCCUUUGAUCGUCUGAAGCGUGACCAGGGCUUGUUCCACGGCCCCUCCCCAGUGCUGCUGGAGUCCUGCAGCUUCACUGACCUGGCUUUGCUGCUGUGUGGCAACAAGAGGAAGACGUCUGAGAUAGAGUUUGGAGCUCACCAGGUCAUCUUGGUUGCCAAUGAAGAGGCUAUUGAGAAGCUGCCAGCUGAGCUUCGUCUUGGCCUAGUCAUGACCAUCUACGAGGCCAAGGGUCUGGAGUUUGAUGACGUCCUACUCUACAACUUCUUCAAGGAUUCCCCAGCCGACAAGGAGUGGCGGGUGAUCACUGACUACCUGAACGAGUUGAUCGCUGAACAGCGCAACAGGGCCGAGGACCAACAAGAAGGAUUGAAGGAAAUAGAUGUGGAGACCUUGACUGGGACAGUCCGGCCACGGCCUCUGAAAUUCAACCCAGAUGAACACAAGGUGCUGAACUCAGAGCUGAAGUAUCUCUACACAGCAAUCACAAGAGCCAGGGUGAACGUUUGGAUCUUUGACGAAGACGAGACCAAACGAGCGCCGAUGUUUGAGCUGUUCCGUUGCCUGAAACUUGUCAAAGGCAUCGGUCCGGAAACUGCCCCAGAAGCAGAGGGGCCUGAUUUGGACGCCAUUUUUGUGGAGAAGUCAAGCCAGUUGGAGUGGAUCAAGCGAGGCCAUUACUUCUUUAAGAACAAGCUGUGGAUGGUGGCUGCCAAGUGCUACCAACGCGGUGGAGAUGAGAAGCGAGAAUUGCAGGCCAGGGCACACCACCAGGCUGUGGAAGCGGCCCGCAUGCGAGACCAGCUACCAGCCAUGAGGGAGAAGUUCCUGCAAGCAGCUGGCCUGUUCCUGCAGAGUGAUAGCAGCCAGAUGGCCGUCAACUGCCUCUACAAUGCCAGGGAGUUUGGCCUGCUGGCUCAGCUUCUGGAGAAGCUGGGAGAGUUCUCAAAAGCUGCCAAGAUCUACGAGAAGCGACUGAAUCGUAUUAGCGACACCUGCCGCUGCCUAGAGCUGAUGGGGGAUUACGCCAAGGCCUUAGACCUCCUGUGCAGCAUGGGUCUGCACACCAAGGCCCUGGACCUCAUCGAUCGCUUCAACCGGUUUAAGCAGGAGCAGAUGAUGAAUAAGAUGCCCUUACCAAGACAUGUCAGACCACCAGGGGCCACCCAUACCCUGAAUGAGUUGAUCUACAAGUCGGCAGAGUACCACUUCAAGAAGGGAGACCAUGGGCAAAUGCUGGAUGCCUUGGAGCAAUUGGAACAGUUUGAAGCCAGAGUAGAUUUUCUACAUAGGAGGGGACUGGUAGCUGAGGCUGUGACUAUGCUGAAGGAUGGUGGACGUCUUCUGGAAGCAGCCAAAAUACUCAGAGAGCAGGGUAAGCUUGAGGAAGCCUGCACCAUCCUAGAAUCAUCAAGUUAUCCUGAGUUUAUUGCAGAGUGUCGACUGAGCCAGGCAAGGAAGUUCCUACUAGAGCCAGACAGUGUGGCCAACCAGGCUUCUGCCGUCUCACUUCUCACCAAGGCAGAGAGCCUGUUCAGCAGAUGCAGUGACUCUGUCAUAAAAGCCGAGACGCUGCUUCUCCUGGGAAAGGUGCAGAAGGAUGCCAACAAGAUCCGUGAAGCCAAUCUCUCCUUCAAUAAAAUGUCUCACACAGCUGGGGAAUCGGAAUGCACUGAUUACCUGAUCAAGCUCUCGCCACCCAAUGCUGAUAAUAUCAAGAAUAGGAUCUUCCAUCAGCUGGAGAAACUCGUAGAGCUGAUCUGUGCUCUGUUUGAGAGCACUAAUCCUGGAGAAGAGCGGCAGAGACGAUCCUGCGAAGUCUUCUUUGGUUUGCGUCCAGGGGAAGCUGGUCAUCUGCACAUCCAGAGGUGCGAGGGAGCCAGAAUCUUGUCUGCCUUGGAUAAGAACAUGUUGCUGUUGAGCGAGGUUGAGGCUGUAAAGGCGCGAGAAGCCAUCGCUAAGUAUUACCUGAUUCCAAGAGCCCUAGGGUGGGUGAAGAAGAUACGUGAGCUGCUCAGUGGGGAAAUAAAAAAGCUAACUCAGUGCGUUGAUUAUCAGAUUGGGAUGCCAUGCUCAAAUGGCCUAAACACCUGUCAACAACUCCAUUUGCCAUACUCGUUUCACCACGUACUGAGUCGGGUGAACUACCUUGUCCUGCUGAUUGAGAUUGACAACAUUAUCGAGAAGGCCUCCCGAUUGUCCAGGUUCAAGUCUGCAGACAAGCUUACAGUGGAGAUUGAACAGAGUCAUCUAAAGAGUGCCAAGAAGUGCAAGGCAUUGUAUAACAUUUUCUUCCCCGAGCACUGCCACCAACGCUUCAUUGGCGAAUCAGUCCAAACAAUGCAAAAGCUUCUCAGACUUGUACAGCAUCCCUCCGUCGGAAGACAGCUGAAGGCCUUUGCUGAGAAUGAGCGCAAGAAGGUUGACCGUAAGCAUCAGAGGGCAGACACAGAUUUGUACUUAAUGUGUCAUGGUAUUGACCUUCUUAUAGGUGAGAAGCCAACAGUCAUGAAAAAGUUGGUUACCCGGGAAGAAGAUGACUGCUUCAGUUGGCAAAAGAAAGAAGGAUGGAAUCAUCCUAAGCCAUUAGGAAUGCACCUGCUGCAUUCUAAUGAUCCACGGAAGGGCUUCCAGAUCCUGAGCUACAAGCGACACCAUUUGGAAUCUUUUGAAGAUCUCUACACAAAGCGUGAUGCAAUGCAGUCCCUUAGUUCGUUCAAUCGCUUCAUGGGCACUAUGGUUAAAAAGCCGGUUUAUCCUCUUCUUCCAUCCAUUAGUAACACAGUGGCAAUGAUAGAGGUGUAUGUCACCAUGAUGUUAACUCUUGGAGCAAAGACACAGCAGUGUGCUGUAGCCAUACCGGCGAGUUACCUAGCCCAGGCUUCCUUCCUUGAUGCUAUAUGCGCUCCAGGAAAGGGACAUGCAAUGUAUACUGCUGUGAGUGACACAUUGCCUAAUAAGGACACCUCUGGCCAGACUCGCCGUUUAUCUCGUCUGAUUUGUGGGACAUCUAUGGAGGGCAGGGAUUUCAAUGUCUUGGCAGAUGCCUUAUCAAGCGUUGAGUACAUUCAAACUGGAGAGGCUGAACGCACACUGGUUCUGGUGCUUGUGAUGCUGUGUAAUGCUGGGAUGGCUCUACCUGUACAGAUCAUUAGAGAUACACGUGAAGCACUGCAGUCCAUAGCUCCAUCUGAAGACCAUCUGCCAAAGAGAGUCUACACCGCUCUCUGCAGAAUAAGGGAGGCCCAGGAUCGUCAUGAUGCCCUCAGUAUUCUGCAGGAGCUCCUGAAGGCUCGUGGCGAUGAGUACCUCAGAGAAUGCAGAUGGAGUCCGCGCAUGCCUCCCCGAGGAUCGCCUGGGUUGGAAUUCCGCAACUUGAACCUCAAGACCUUCAGCAAUGUACAGUUUGAGACACUUCCUGCAGUAUCCCCAACUGUCUUCACUGUACUGAUGGAAGGCAGCAUCCGUCAGAGAGGGAGAGACUUGAACGAGGAGGAAGACAAAAGUACUGCUGGGGAAAGGGAAGUGGAAGGUGACCUUGACGUGUCUGAAGAAGAGGUUACCAAGGCCCAGAGGGAACAGGAGACCCUGCAGAGAGAGCGGGCUACAAGGGUCAUCAUGGGAUACUUAAAAUCCAAGAGGCUUCUUCGCGUAGCCAGCCUCUUGAGAUCAUACGGCUACAGUACCAUCCGCAUCAGACCGGAGGUCCAGUCCAAAGUAGAGACAACAGCCACUGCCUGGGUGUCCCAGCAGCUCUGGGAGUUCCUGCACACUCCCACACAAUGCGCCAUUUGCAAUGUCAGUCUGAGAGGGGUCGAAGAUACAAGACAUGAACUGGAGGCACUGACUGAAGAAGGCCAUGACAACGAUGAACCAGGUGAAGCGGUCUCAAUGCAAUCAGAUCUGGGGCCAACGUCAGAAGCAGAUGGCAGGGAUGAUCUACCGACCCAGGAGGAGCACAAAGCAACAGCUUUCCAUCAGCAGAGACAUCAAGAUUUCAUUCACUAUGAAAAAAUGCUCCAUGAUGAGGUGUAUCCAUUAAUGACAGAGGUUGAAAAAUUACUUCAGGAGCUUCGCCUCCCCACCCUAACAGCAGGAAACUCUGGAAACUCAGACAACUUCAAAUACUUUGAAGACACUUUGUGUAGAAUAAGGCAGGACCUCACUGACAAGAUGGCGGAGAUCCAAAAGCAACUGGCCUUUGAAAAGCUUGCAGAGGUCAGGUACAUCAUGGAGCAGCUCACAAAGGCGCACCAAACGAGCAAGGAAAAGCUUGAACAAAAGAGAGCAGCAGCGCAACAAGACAAGACUGCUAAUGAAGACAUCAAUGAGGCAGACGCCAUAUUUGAUGAGGAAGAAGAAGCAGACGAAGAUAAAAUCCUGCCUGUCGCCGAGCAGCCAGACAAGCGAAAAGGGGGACGGAACAAGGGGAGGGGCCAGAAGAAAAAGGGGAAAGGGAGUGGGCAGAGGAACAGGAGACGAUAAGUGAUUUGGACAUGAAAAUAGAAUGUCAUCAUUCUUUCUUUUGGGUUGUCUGGUUCCCUGACCUGACAAUUCACCGAAGCCUAGACAUCUCAAUUGUAGGUCAGGUAACUGCAGGGGCAAAAAACAAACAUGACGGCCCUUUUGCACAGCUCGGCUUCAUUUCCAGUUUGGCUUUAUCAUUUAUAGCUUUAAAUGUUCCUAUAAAGGUCUAUGUAGGUCAGGUAACUACAGGGGCAAAAAACAAACAUGACCGCCCUUUUGCACAGCUCGGCUUCGUUUCCAGUUUGGCUUUAUCAUUUAUAGCUUUUAAUGUUCCUAUAAAAUUUUAAUAUAAAAUUCACUUGCUUCAUAUAUCAUACAGGCUGAUAUUUUUGUUAGAAAACAUUGACUAAUAUUGACCUAAAAUCUUUAAAGUUAGGGACUCAUAUAGCACUGUUAGCAGGCAAAACCAAAAUGAAGACCACACUGAGUUUUGGAAAAUCCCAGUAACCGUCGUCAGAAUCAAAAUGGUACAUGACGCAGCAAAGCUUGCCCCUCGUACGAUUUCUGUGCAUACUUGAUGCACAAAAUCAUCGUUAAAUUUCAAAUUUUCUAAAUUCCAGCAAUAAAUAUGAACUCAUUUUCAAAUUUUUUGAUUAGCAAGGCAGGUAGAUAAAACCUAUUUUAUACCCGGAAAUUCCCGGGCGCUAUCCGACAUUGUCGACAAAAUGCGUUCGUCAAACUUCGAACAUUUUUGGAAACGAGAGGCAUUUCUCCCAUUAGUCACAUGAUGUAUAUUU